UUGACACACGAGUAACCUUGAGCAGCCGCAAGUCGAUGGCCUCUCAUUAAUUUGUUCAUCUUUUUCGCUUCAAUCUAAUCGGAAAAAUAUUAAAUAUUCAGUCUUUUCCAUGCUGGUUUGGUCAAUGGUCUUUAAUAUUAGGUCGUGGCUGUGAAGAAAACCCUGUUAUUUAUACUUGUACAAAAUUGUAAUGCUUCAAUAUGGCGACUGUUGAGUCAGAAUUUUCAAAGCAAGAAAACACCGACUUCAAGCACACUUCAGCAGAAGCUGUUCAAGAUAAUUUAAAGGAAAAAGACAAUAUAUCAGGCGAUAUAUUAGGUACAAAAGAGUUWAAAAACAAAGUUAAAGAAAGUGGCUUAGAAAAUGGUCAAGGUGUUACAGCAACUAGCACGACGAAUGGCGUUGAAAAGACGUUGAAAGAACCGAUUCCAGUUCAACAGGCUUGCGAAGAUUUAGAUAUUGGAUCCAAAGGAAGAACGAACGGUGUCCACGAAAGUGCUGGAGUUUCAAAAGAUAAUGAGGAAGAAACUGCCAGCCUUGAGCAAGAUAGUGAGAAUGUAAACACACAAUAUACAGAUGAAAAAGGGGGAAAAUGUGUAACAGAAAAAAUGGAAUUUGAAAAGGAACGAGAAAGAGAUUCAAAUGAAAAAGACUCCCAAGAAACAUUUAAGCCUCUUUUGAAACAAAGAAAAAGUCCUAAGAAUGGAAGCCCUGASCAUAACCAUAAGUUUUUUGACAAAGAAUCUAAAGCAGAGUACCUAAAAAUUAAGUCUGAAGUCACAGGAGAAGCAGAGACAUCUGAAAGUGAAGAUGACAGUGAGUUACCYCCUCUGGAACCUACACAUCAUGGAAGCCACCAUUCACCAGAUGCUAAAACCAAGGCUGAGUACAGAAAAAUUAAGUAUGAAGUGACAGGAGAAGCUCUUACUUCAGAAAGUGAAGACGAAAAUGUUUCAGAGGAGGAAAUAAAAAAACAAGCAAMAGAAGCAAGGGAAAAAGACUCUUCAUCUUCUAAUGAGUGGAUUGACAUUCUGGGAAAUGGAUUACUGAAGAAACGAACAUUACUUGCUGGUAAAGGACGUGACACAAGGCCUGACAGAGGACAGAUUGUGAUGCURAGAACAGCAGGAAGACUGGGAGAUGGUACAGCUGUGGACUGGAAUCAGGGCUUUSAGUUUAUUCUUGGAGAAGGGGAAGUCUUACAGGCCUUUGACAUAGGUGUGGCUCUCAUGGAACUAAACGAAGUAUGUGAGCUAGUGACUGAUGCCCGAUAUGCAUAUGGAGAGCAAGGAAGGGUGGAAGGUGAUAAUCCAGUCCCACCAAAUGCUCAAAUCUCCUAUGAAAUUGAGCUGUUAGCAGUACGAGAUGGACCUGAUAUUGAAACCAUGAGUGACGAGGAACGAAUUAAAAUCAGUGACAAGAAGAGAGAGUUAGGGAACGACUUGUAUACCAGAGGGGACUAUUCUGCUGCUAUCAACUGUUACCAAAGGGCAAUCAAGUAUCUGAUGCCUUCAUCUUCAGAGAAAGUUCAAGAUCUUAAGGUGAAGUGUUGGAAUAACCUUGCUGCUGCACAGCUCAAGACCAACAAAACUAUACGUUCUGAGCUUUCCASUCUGAAACAAUGUCUAAGUUCUCAAAACCAAAAAGAGAAAGAUAUGUAUGAGAGAAUGGUGGRCGGCCUUGGAGGAAUGGAAAAGAACAAAUCCAAGCCUUCUAUUUUCCCAUGGUCACUAGUGUUUGGUGCUACUGUUAUCGUCCUUGGAGGGAUUGUCGCUGCGUUAUACUUAAACAGACAUUAAAAAGUUUGCUGCAAUGACAGCUUGGGAGAGUCAAAAGAGAGAUCAAUUGAGGCUAAUACUUCAUGUAGCAUCCCUCAUGAUUGUUAGCUGGAAAGUUUUAUAUCAAAGUUAUUCGCUUAAAUGUGCUAAAUCAUAGUCAAACUGUCAUGUCUCGCAGCCACUGUUGUUUAUAAACUAUAAAUGUUUGAUCAGAGGCCCUAAA